AUGAAGGUUGUUGAAGCCAUCCAUACCAUGGGCAGUGGUGGGAUAGCAGGUUUGUUGAUGACAAGACCAGAAGUUCGACAGAGGUUUGGUGGUUCUGUUGAAGAUAAAGGGCAAAGCAGCACACAUGCUCCAUCUUCUCCUGAUGCUCCUGAAUUUUACAACUCUUCUUGGUGGGAAAAUGACAACUUGGAACGCAUGGAUGAAUAUCAGCUUAAGGUGUUGAAGUGCAUGACUGAGUCCAUGUUCAAUAAGUGGAAGGCACUGCUUGCAAGAUUGGAAAACUUGGAGCCCCAAUGUGGAGAGGAAUGA